AUCGUGGCGCAUGGAAACACUUGGGGACGCGUCAAAGCGCAAUUUGGCACCGGCUGCGCGAGGGCUCUGAUAAAUAGGAGGUUCCUGGCACUGCAGCCUCACAUCCUCUCAGGACUUUACGCAGGACAGACAACCACAAGGAAACCAUGGAGACCUUCCCAACUAACGGUGGAUUACCUUCUGCUUUUAACGGAGACAAUGUCAGCACCCAGCAGUCCGACAUGUGGAGACCGUGGACUGGAGAAGACAAACCUGACGCACACAAGAUUAAUUCCAUACAUGGAGACCUCUCUGAUCCAAAGUCCUCAAAACCUCCUCAAUUCGUGCACCCAGUCAAGUUGUAUUGGCCAAAGUCGAGAUGCUUCGAUUACCUGUUCCAGGACGCAGAAAUGCUCCUGCGCAACUAUCCGGUCCAAGCGACCAUCUGCGUCUACGAGGACUCCAGCAGCGAUGAAGACAGCGACGAUGAAGAGGAGGAGAUGGACAAGGAGCUGAACUAACUGUCUCCUGCAAAGACUCUCUGAACUGUUCCCUAAUGUGACAAUUUAUUUUAUUAUUGUUAAUUUUAUUAUUAUUAUUCUAUUUCUCUUAAUUUAUUCAUGUACAUAUAUGUAAAUACAUCCUCGUUUUGAUACUAAGCA